GCUUUUGCAGUCGGUGCGCUUCUCCUCCUCCCGCUGCUGCUGCCGCUGCGCGAGAUCUUCAAAGCAGAGACCCGCCACCGCCAGCGCGGGCAUGACAGCAGUAGUGGUCUUCCACCUCGAGCUUGCCUUUCCGUAGAGCUCAGUACCAAGACGUCCCCCAUUGAAACCGGUGGGAGAGGAGAGUAAACAACAACAACAGAAGAGAGAUUGAAUUAACUGUGUUUUCUCCGCUUCGCCCCUCCGUUUAGAAGUAGAUGAGUCAAUGGCAGGGGCACAGCCGGGAGUUCAUGCACUGCAGCUCAAGCCCGUGUCCGUUCCGGAGAGCUUGAAAAAGGGCAACACGUUUAUGAAAUGGGAUGAUGACUCGACAACCGUGACCCUUGUGACCCUAACAGUUGACCCCAAAGGGUACUUCCUCUAUUGGACGGACCCAAACAAGGUAAGACACCUGUACCGUGCUGUUGUUCUGUGAUAGGCUACUGCUGCCUGACUUGGCUCGACUCAGUUUGCAAAUAUUAACUGAAUUAAGUUGCAAAAGUUGCAAUAAGGUGCAUUCAUUCAUGUCUUCGGUAUAAUAAACUCUCCAUAAGAAACAGUUAUAACAAAUUAAAUGUACUAUUGAAAUCAUUAAAGGUAUUUAUCUCACUAGCUAUCGUUCAUUAUUACCAUCAACGAGUGUGGAAAGAGUAAUAGAAUAGAAGAAUAGAAUAGAAUAGAAACUUUAAUUGGCACACAACAAAGUUGGUGGUAUUAAUAGCGGGAGGGGAUAAAUUCAAAUGAAUAAAUAGGUAGACUUGCAAAUCUUCAGGAGUUCAGGAGUCUCAUUGUUGAAUGGUAGAAGCUGUUGUAGAAGCGUGUUGUUCCAGUGUCAGAGAUCUAUAGCGUCUUCCAGCGUCUUCCUUCUCUGAUCCACAACCAUUUCUUAACCAUUUCUCAUAUCUAGUCAUUCAAACCAUAAGGCUUAUGGUUUGAAUGAAUGGUGGGAACGGCUAUCUUGUAAUGGGUGUGUGAAUCGAUCAUUAGUAAUGAGAAACACAGCCAUCCAGGUACAAACGUUUUGAUAGCAUUGCUUGGUGUGUCGGAGACACACUGUUCGGACUGUACCUGCUUUGCCUCUCAUUCCAUCACGGGCGCCCAAAUUAAUUAGCAGUUUGGCUGAAUGUUAUCUCAGCUCUCCGUCUCAUUAAAUCUGUGGAUGGUAAUCUCUUCUGUGGAGGACAGUCGCAUCAUCAUUAUGUGUGUGAUGAUUAAGGUGAUUUACACACAGAUACACACACAGUUACUUUGACAGACUGUUGUGUUAUUACAUUUUUACAUGGAGCAUUUUCUUUGAAUGGCAAUGCAAUCUUUCUUUUUUUAGCUUUCUAUUGGGCCAUGAAUCUCAUUAUCUCUUCAUAAUCACAUUAUUUUAUUUACCGGUGAAAAGUAUAAAUAGUUUAUUUAGUUUUUUUUGGUCCAAAUGGCAAAUGUGUCGGAAAACUCAUCCCCUGGGUUAAGAAGCUAUUUUGGGGACAUCGCUAAAAUAUGAACACAAUAGAGCAGCUAGAUUCAUUUCAGGUCUCUCUGAAUCCAACCAAUGACGACAAAGAGACAGAAAUCUGAACUCUGAGCCAUCUAAAACCUGACACCUGUGAGAUUCCCACAGAGACCCUGGUGGUAUGCUCCGGUGUUUCCCUGAGGAUUCUAGGAGUGAAAUGCAGAGGCAUUGGGUUCACUCUGUGAGGACAACUAAGAGACUUAAUCCAGGAAGAACAUUGUGCUUUUUAUUCCACAAGCUCACAAUCAGACCGCUAUCUCUUUCCGACUAAACAAACCAGAGGGAAGUCUGAUCGAUGCGAUAACACGUUCAAUUCAACUUUCUACUCGAGCACAAGGAAGAGGGAAGACAGAUAGUCAUAGAGACACAGCGUGAACGAGUCCAUCACUCUUAAUAAACCAAUUUAGAGAAUGAGUCACUCUGGUUAUGAAUAGCACUCCAGUGCCGCAUGCA